AUGAUGGACUUGACUGUGUCUUCCCUGCUGUCCAUGGUGGUUUACACCUGUUGUACCUGGGCCAUACCUGCUCAGAGUACCUCAGUGAGCUCCAAAAGGUUCCCUAAAAGUUAUUCAGACGAUCACAUUAUACGCAGUGAGAUGACAGCGAUGGAUCAAAUCAUAGAGGCCAAUGAGUUCCAAGCUGCCCAGGUUCCAGACGGCACUAGUUUCAGGGAUGGAGAUAUCGCUGUGACUACCGGGAGGCGCUCUAAGGUCUGUUUCGCACGCAGUUGUCUGUGGUCCAAGUCGGUGGACGGACAUGUCUACAUCGCAUACAGGCUGUCACUGGACUACAGUGAUUUAGAUCAGAGGAUAAUAAAGUCUGGUAUGGAGAACAUGGAGAGAGGUACCUGUGUGCGUUUUGUUCCAUGGACACACCAGAGGGACUACCUGGAUAUUCAGCCUAAGUCAGGGUGUUGGUCGUACCUUGGGCAGCGUGGUGGCAGACAGACUGUAUCUCUACAGUCUCCUAACUGUAUGUUGUCUGGCGUGGCCUCCCACGAACUCAUGCACGCCCUGGGCUUCGUGCACGAACAUUCCCGCAUCGACCGCGACAACUAUGUCACUGUCCUGUGGGAGAACAUCUGGAAGGAUCGCGUACGGAACUUUGAGAAGUUCAAAACCAACCCUCUGGACGUUCCCUAUGACUACGACUCCAUCAUGCACUAUGGGAUGUAUUCGUAUUCAGAAGAUGGAGAUCCUACCAUCAAACCUAAGAGGAAGAACCACAACACUCAUCUGGGACAGAGAACCGGUCUCAGUCAACUGGACAAAAUGAAGAUUAACAAACUCUACAAAUGUGGUUGGUAG